UGGGAAAAUUAUGUAUGUAUCAUUAAUGGUAUAUAGAUCACAACUUGUAUUCGUAGAUCAACUAAAUAUAUUUCUUUGAUUUUUGUCGUGAUUUGCAAAAGACAAAACCUGUACGGAAUAUAAAAUUAGCAGCACCAAAAAAUAUGAAAUACUCCGUAGUACUCUGUCUAAAGGCAAUUCUUGAAGUCUGUAUGGUGGAAGAAAGGUUGAGAUUAUUAAACGACAGACAUUUGUGCUAUAAUGGAUGGCUGGAAUCAUAAUGGAAAGCAAUGGACAACUGAAAAAACUGGAAUACUUGACUUGCUUCUACAAGUGUCGAUGAAAUAAAGAAAGCAACUCCAUUCAUAUUCUCAACAAAAUCUGAUCGAAUGGGAGAAGAUGGAGAUAGUAAAAACACCCCUUUAUUACUCCAACAAUCAUCCGGAACACGACAAGGAGGACGACAUCCCCACAAGAGGACUGGGACAUUAUGGUCUGCAGUAGCACACAUAAUAACAGGAGUGAUCGGGUCAGGAGUACUAUCUUUGGCAUGGAGUUUGAGUCAGUUAGGUUGGAUAGCAGGUCCCAUUGCAAUGCUCGUGUUCGCUUUCAUUACACUCCUUUCUGCAUUUCUCCUAUGUAACUGUUACUGGUCUCCUGACCCUGAACACGGCCCUGUCCGAAAUCCGUCUUACCUUGAAGCUGUUUACUCUAAUUUGGGAGAAACCAGGGCUUGGCUAUGCGGUUUCUUUGUUCAUAUUAACUUAUAUGGGAUUGGAAUUGCUUAUACUAUCACUUCUGCUAUCAGCAUCAGAGCAAUACAGGAAUCAAACUGUUAUCACAAGCAAGGGCAUCAGGCAGCCUGCAAUUUUGGGGAUGCCUAUUACAUGUUAAUCUUUGGCUUUGUACAGAUUUUUAUGUCACAGAUACCAAAUAUGCAUGACAUUAAAUGGGUUUCACUAGUUGCUGCUAUCAUGUCUUUCACCUAUUCCCUCAUUGUACUCGGACUUGGAAUCGCUCGUGUUAUUGAAAAUGGUAUGAUUAAGGGGAGCAUAGAAGGAAUACCCACCGCAACUGUCAUGGAAAAAGUAUGGCUGGUUGCACAAGGAGUAGGUGAUAUAGCAUUUGCCUACCCAUACUCCUUGAUUCUUAUUGAGAUUCAGGAUACUCUGAAAUCUCCCCCGUCAGAAAACGAGACCAUGAAGAAGGCUUCCACAAUCUCUGUUGCAUUGACCACCUUCUUUUAUCUCCUUUGUGGAGGAUUUGGUUAUGCUGCUUUCGGAGUUGAUACUCCCGGGAAUCUUAUGACAGGAUUCUAUGAGCCAUACUGGCUGAUUGACAUUGCUAAUGCUUGCAUUGUUCUUCAUCUAGUUGGAGGAUAUCAGGUAUUCAGCCAGCCACUCUUUGCAGCUGUUGAUAGAUGGUUUGCUCAGAAAUUCCCUGACAAUGAAUUUCUCCACCAUUCACACACAUUGAAGCUUCCACUGUUGCCACCUCUUAGAGUGAACCUUUACAGGCUGUGUAUUCGAACAGCUUAUGUUGCAUCCACUACCAUCCUAGCAGUAGCAUUCCCUUAUUUCAACCAAGUCUUGGGGAUCCUUGGAGCUCUCAUCUUUUGGCCUCUGUCAAUCUAUUUCCCCGUCGAGAUGUACUUGAAGCAGAGAAAUAUUGAAGCAUGGACAGGAUGGUGGAUUGCUCUAAGAACUUUCUCAUAUGUUUGCUUAGUGGUUACAAUAUUUGCUCUAUCAGGAUCGAUUGGUGGUCUUGUAAAUGCAAAAUUAAGUUAAGAGUUACCUUAGUAGUGAUCAGUGAAAGGAAACACUGGAAGAUUUGCUUGCAUUGUUGAUAGAUGGUUUGCUCAGAAAUUCCCUGACAAUGAAUUAAGUAGAGGACUGCUAUUCACUUCA